AUGUUGCUGUACACCAAGGAACUCGUGGCUCCGCGGCCGCGACCAGGACUACUUCGCUUCAGGAACAAGCCGCCUGGCAUUAAGUUCCGAGAAAGACUGCGCAGCUCCUUCGCCCACUCCAGCAUCCAUGGGAUGCAGCACGUCUUCGGGGAGCAGCAUCUCUGGCAGCGCUGCCUGUGGCUCGCCAUCGUCCUGGGAGCGGUGAUCACCGGAUUCAGUCUGUACACCGUGCUAAUGCAUCGGCACAGCGAGCAGCUCCUGGUCAGCCUGAUAGAGACCACACAGUUGCCAGUGUACCACAUCGACUUUCCAGCUGUGGCCGUUUGCCCCUGGAGUCAUUUCAACUGGCAGAGGGCUCCGUCGGCAUUGCUCCGCUUUCUGCCACGUCAUCCGAAUGCCGAGCUCCGGGAAACAUUUCGCCAGCUACUCGCCAGUCUGGACAUUAUGAACUUCUCCAACUUUAACCGUAUACGGAUUCUGACCAAAAGAAAUCUGACGGGGAUUAGCUAUCUGAAACCGUCGGACCUGAUGAACUACAUGACCUAUCGAUGCGAUGAACUCUUCGUCGCCGAUUCUUGCGUCUUCGAUGAGACUCCCUACGACUGCUGCAAGCUUUUUGUGCGGGAGCAGACGGUGAAGGGCCAGUGCUUGGUCUUCAACUCCAUGAUUUCGGAGAACUCUCGCAAGAAGCACCUGACCAACCAGUUCUAUCCCUACAAGCUGAGCACCGCUGGCGAGGAAUCGGGCCUCAAGUUCACGAUCAAUGCGAGCUACUCCUUUAUGAACAACAUAGACGCUCUGACUCCAUUUGGAAUGAAUCUCAUGAUAAAGGAACCACACCAGUGGUCCAAUGAAAUAUUGUACCACCUGUACCCGGAUACGGAGAACUUCGUUGCUGUGCAUCCGAUGGUCACUGAAACCUCUCCAAAUACCUAUGAGAUGAGUCCCAAAAGAAGACGUUGCUACUUUGAUAACGAAAAGAACCCUACCUUCCAGAACACUUCGUUGACUUAUAACCGCGAAAACUGCCUGGUGGUGUGCCUCCACUUAGUUGUGUGGAAGACCUGCCAGUGCUCGCUGCCAGCUUUUCUGCCACCCAUUGAUGGAGUUCCGGAAUGUGGAAUCAACGAUGCACAAUGCUUAGGCUACAAUUCCGAUAUAUUCUCUUACGUGAAGAUGGGUGAUCAGGAGAAAUACAUUAACGACUCACGACAGGGUCACUUUUGUGAUUGUCCAGACAAUUGCAAUUCACGGCUGUACAAAAUGUCGCUUAAUGUGCGCAAAUUAGAUUACCCAAAAAACUCAACAGAUCGAUUGAUAAAAGCCCAGGUUUAUUAUGGCCAGCGUUUCAUGACCAAAAUUGUUACGAAACUCAAGUACACCAGUGUAGAUUUACUGGCCAACUUUGGCGGCAUCAUAAGUCUGUAUAUAGGGGCCUCCGUCAUGAGUUUUAUAGAGUUUUUAUUUGUGCUGGGAAAGCUGAUGUGGGUUUUCAUCAAAGAUGCGCGCACGAAAUUAAAAGGGAAUACUAAGUAGCUUACUUUAAAAAAUGAUGUAU